GUGAGUGGAGUUUGUAAAACAGCAUAAGAGUAGAGAUGUGAGUAUGUAGAUGAUGUGUGUGGUUUACGUGUCGGGUUAAUAUAUGUGGAGGAUUGAGUGGACAUGUAUACGGAAUGCGAUUCCGAUAAACCACUGGAGCGAGCUUGCAACACGUAAACAGAUUUAUGUUCAUGUAUUACAUGUAAGGAAUCACAUCCUACUGGAUAUCCUUCCGUUCCUGGCAGGAUUUCAUCUAAGAAAUAUUAGCGAAGUAAAAAAGAAAAAAAAGUAUUAUUUUAAAAAGUAAUUUUUUUUUUUCUUUUCAAAAGGCGAGCUGUACUUAACUAUGGUGCCUGUCGACAAGAUAAGAAUGUGAGAUAGUUAGAGAGAGUUUAAGGUGUCGAACAGAGAAGUACAUGCUUGGCGGAGGCGUACUGUGACUGCUCCGUUCGGUAGACCAACUCGCAAACAAUUCAGCUGAGUCGUAUCACCGUAUGUCUACCUUAUUCGUGUCUAAGGAGGUUUUAAUUGCAUUUAAAAAGAAAGACACGCUCAAAAAUUGAAACUAGGGACAGAAUUUUGAAAUGAAAGACUUCCACAGAAAUCUUAUAUUGAAAUUUCUGCGAAUACAUUAAGCGUUCCUUUCUGCAACCGUAACUAUGUCUCACUACUACUAUUUGGGGAUCUACCAUGCAACGUCUCCACCUGCCAGUUGAGGUAACUGAAAUCAAAUGAACACAACACCUGCAGCGAUGCUAGCGGCAUAAAAAUGUUGAACUCUUCGUGAUUCAACGACUUCCAAUUUCUCUCACAAGAAACCUUCUACGGAUAUAAAGUCACUACAACACAAUGGUUAAGACAGUGCAUCUCUCAAAAAUGUGUUUACAACACCUAUUAUUCUUAUAGAAUGUCUAGCGCCGUGUAACUAAUAUAACACAACGAUCGCAAUAGAACUAUCAAAAUUCACUUCAUAUUCCAACUUUUUCUUUUCCUCAAAUAAUUCACCAUCAUUGCUGAAUUAAUAAUUUCAUCCAAUUUCAAUAUUAAAGAUUGCUUGAUACAUUUGCGAUAUGGAUCAUAUUAGGACGUAAUACACACACACACACAAAUAUAUGUAGUGAGAUUAUAUAUAUACAUAUGUAUAUAUGCAUGCAUGCAUGUGCAAAAUAUGUACGCACUACAUAAUAAUGCUUUAAUUUCAUAAAGAUAACUUCACGGUAACUGUUGAGAAUUUAAACAUUGAAAUCUGUUGGUAAUUCAUUGACAAGAAAGAUGCAUAUAUUUGAAGUUUCCACAGAGUUUAACCUCAAAAACGGUUCCGGUUUCGAUAUGAAUGAAAGCUCCUAUGAAACUGAUAUUAAAUCUCCUGCUUGGACAGCAGACAUAGUGGAAAGGAUUAUGUCCGUAGCUAUCAUCAUGAUUGCAACGAUUGUUGGAAACCUAACUUUAAUCGCAGCCAUAUUCUGGAAACGUUCUCGUCUUGUAAAAAGAGUAAAUAUAUUUCUUGUGAACUUAGCUAUUGGCGAUUUGACAGUCGCAAUGAUUACAAUGACCACAGAAAUACUUUUUAUUGCAUUCGGAGAAUGGAUAUUAGGAGAAGUCGUCUGUAAGAUCAGCGUCUAUCUGCAAAUUGUAACAUUGGCAAGUACAACAUUUCUGAUGACUGGAAUGAGUAUAGAUCGAUACCAGGUGAUUGUCAAACCUCUGCAGUCCCUGAGAAAACGUCCAAAGAUCCGAACGAAAGUUAUUCUAGCCUGGGUGAUGGCGUUUAUAUUCGCACUUCCACAGCUCUUGAUUUUUGUCCAAGUAAAGGAAACAAAAUCUGAUGGCAGCACGCAGAUGAAAUGUGUCAGUAAAGGUUAUACAGACGAAUGGCAACGCAAAGUGUACUUCACCUUUCUCACGGCAUACAUUUUGGUCGUACCAGGAGCAGUGAUGUUUUAUUGUUACUCGAAUAUAACACGUGUUGUGUGGAGCAGAGCAAACCAUAUACCACAAAUAACCUAUAACAACAAAUCUAUACAAACGACGAACCGCAUUUCGAUAAACCAGUCUCUUGUUUCGGCCUCCAAACGGCGCGUAGUCACAAUGACUUUGACUGUGAUUAUUGGUUUUCUAACAUGUCUCACCCCAUAUUUCAUAGUGAACCUCAUUAGAAUAUACAGUAACUACACCAUAGGUAUGAAGAAAUCACUGCACGUUUCCGAAGCCAUCUUUAUGACACACAGUGCUCUCAACCCGAUUCUUUAUGGGAUAUUUUCAUUACGAAUGGAACAUUUCUACAGAGUAAUUAACGUCUGCUUAUGCUUUAUACCAGUGAAGAGCGUCAUAGAAAGGGACACAAGCGUGGACAGUCUAGGUCAUAUGAACACUUUAAGUAUGUUACAGAUUAGGUUUUCACGACUAGGAAACAGAAACGCUGUUCAAAGUAUAAAUCAAAAGAAACAAUCGUUCCAGAGGAAAAGUUUUCUGCGAAAGAACGUCGGUCAUGCAAUUAAGACUACGUUUCAUCCGAAAUCAAAUUCAGUUCAAACAACUUUAGACAAUACAAACCUGCGUCCGGUGAGUGGGCUAUCGCCUAAUGUUUAGACCUGCUUCAAAAUGGCAAAAACUAAAAAAUGGAACCAAACAGAUAUAUCCCUCACCUGUCUUCGUCUUUGGUUUUCUGUACAUACACGUACAUACAUAUGUAUAUAUAUAUAUGUAUAUAUUUAUAUGUUCAUUUCUUAAUCUUUCCUUACAACCUGGUCCUUUCUGAUAAACCUUUUGGAUUCACAGAGGAUACUAAUUCCAUAAUUCAAAUAAACUCUUACAUAAUAUCUCAUAAUUGGAAAAAAAGUAAUGUUAUCUAAAAGCUUAGACAGGAGCAUGUGAGUGCCCGAAAGAAAGAGAAAGUAUAAAAAUAGAGGGAGGGAUGCUGGAGAGUGAGUAUUGAGUACGAAAAAGAUGAGAAUGAAUAAUAAAGAGAGAGAGAAAGAGAGAGAGAGGAAAUAAAAACAUUUUUUAAAGAAAUCAAGGAAAAGAGUGUCCUGCUAAGUGGACAAAACUGAUCUGAAAAUCUGAAUUUUGUUGUCAAGGAAUGAAUAAAUAAUGAGCAAUGACUAAUUAAUGUCAUUAACUACUGAAGAAAUAGCUAAUAAAUAUAACACAAAUUGUUCAGAAUUUAGGCACAAUCUAACAGUCUUUAAAUAAGGGAUUAGCCUAUAGCAUCGACCCCAGUAACUCGUUGGUUCUAUAUUUUGCCGAUGCUAGAGUCGUGGAAGGACAAGUUGAGUUCGGUGAGAUUUGAACUCAGAACGUAAAGAGCCAUCACUGUUGUGGCUCUGCAUAUGUCACUGACCGUUAACUGUAAUAUUAAGUAGGAUAGAAAAUAUAACUUAUUUACAUACUCGCAUACACACACGUAUAUAUACUGAUAUACACGCAUACACACACAUAUAUAUAUAUAUACAUACACGAACCUUGUUUUUAUAUGCAUAAAUAUAUAUAUAUGUGCGUGUGUGUGAGUGUAAAAGAAUAUGUAUUUAUGCUUGUAUAUAUAUAUAUAUAUAUAUGUAUGUAUGUAUAUACAUACGCGUUAGUAUAUAUAUGAUUAAGUAUAUACCUACAUAAAUAUAUAUAAAUAGAGCAAUAUACACAUUCAUACAGAUAUAUGUAAGUUUAUAUAAAACACACACACGCAUUUUUAUAUACUAAUACUUGUAUAUCUUUAUACGUAUGCAUAUGAGUAUCUAUCUAUCUAUCUAUCUAUCAAUAUAUAUAUAUAUAUAUAUAUAUAUAUAUAUAUACAUACACGUAUAUUUAUUAAGCGAAUUAUUGGUCAGCCUACCACAUACCAAUGAGCACUCACUGAGUACGUCUAUUCUUCUUCCAACUGUGAAAAAUGUCUCAAAUUUUCCAUUUCUUGCAACUCUUUGAAUGAGCAAUGCAGCAGUUAUUAGCGUUUGUCAAGCUCUGUGACCCGAUUAACCAACGUCAGGCCACCAAAAUUUCUCACAUCCCUCACGUGAUGGCAAAAAACGUGAUCUAAAAUACCCGUUGAGUUAUUUUACCCACAAUCUGUUUUCAUUGACACACAUCUAAAGGAGUUUAUGUCCCCAAAAUUCCACACGACGGUCUCUUACGAGAGUAUCAUUCUUUCUUUGUUAUAUCUAUUAUUUGACGAUACCGUUUCCUGUGACAACCCAGUCAUGUCAGACAGGAGAUUAUCUUAAUAAAAUUACAGAAUUAUACGUUA